UUUUAAUUCAGCAGCGCGCCCCCGCUGAACGCAACCUUUUCCCCCCCGCAACUUUUUUUUCCUCCACCGCUUCUCUCAGCCUGACUGCUGUUAUUUAGGCAGAAAAGAAAGGAAGUCCCGACAGGCUAGCUGGUUAGCCGACCAAUAACCACUCCAUUUCCCGUGCGACAAAUAUGCUUUUGAACACCUUUUACCCCAGAGACGCCUCUUCUUUGUAGCCGAGGCGUACGAGGAAGCUACUUUUUUGUAGCUUCGUUUUAUUUUUUUUUUGUUUCCGCGCCGGUUUCAAGCUCGUUGUCUCAUCUUUGGCCGUCACCGGCGUUGUUAGCCCUCCCACAGACUCCCAAGACGCAUUUUUACCAAAACUCAUCCAAACAAAACACGGAUAUACUAGUGAGUUGGCCAUUGCUUUUUUUUAAAUCAGUGGCUUUAGGAGUGGGGAGUACUGUGAAGAACAACACAAUGGGACAAGCAGCGAGGAAAGGUGCUGUGUGAGAAGGAAGCGGUGGCUGCGGCAUGCUGAGGCAAAACCCCCUGACUCAGGAUGAGUGUCAGAGAUGGCGGUGCCGCCGUGGCGAGUGCAGGUGGAGUAAUUGGGGGAGGAGGUCUGCUGACGAGCACCAACGAUCACAACGGACGCUCAUACCUGCUCCAGAUCUACCCACGGCUUGCUGCUGAGUCAUCCACCUGCUGCAACCUGAGAGUGCAGAAGGAUGCAACGGCAGCUUCUGUGAUCUCGGAUGCGGCCGUGGCACUGGGACUGGAUCCUGGCCGCCUGUAUGUGCUGGCAGAGGUGAAGGAAAGUGGAGGAGAAGAGUGGGUGCUGGAGGCUGGAGAUCUUCCGGUGCAGAGGUUCUUACUGUGGCCUCGGAAAGCCCAGGAGCAGCACCCGCAGAGCCUUGGCUUUUACUUCUUACUCCAGGAGAGGAACAAUGACGGCUCUAUUCAUUAUGUCCACCUCCCGCCCCUGUCAAAAGAGCAGGAGGCACAGCGGUUUGCCGCCAGAGGCUUCCUUCCACCGCCGCAGGAUGACUUUGCGGACCUUUGCAACCUCCCAAAACUCAACGAGGACAGCAUUCUAAACAAUCUGCGCACACGCUUCUACAAGAAAAAGAUCUACACUUAUGCAGGCAGCAUACUCAUUGCCAUCAAUCCCUUCAAGUUUCUGCCAAUCUACAACCCAAAGUAUGUUAAACUGUAUGAAAACCACCAGCUGGGCAAACUGGAGCCGCACAUCUUUGCCAUUGCGGAUGUGGCUUACUAUGCGAUGCUCAGGAAGAAGGUCAACCAAUGUAUUGUCAUCUCUGGGGAGAGCGGCUCAGGCAAGACUCAAAGUACCAAUUUUCUCAUCCACUGUUUGACUGCACUCAGCCAGAAAGGCUAUGCCAGUGGUGUGGAGAGGACUAUACUUGGUGCAGGACCAGUCCUGGAGGCCUUUGGAAACGCAAAGACAGCCCACAAUAACAACUCCAGCCGUUUUGGUAAAUUCAUCCAGGUUAACUACCUUGAGACCGGAGUGGUGAGAGGUGCUGUUGUAGAGAAGUAUCUCCUGGAGAAGUCUCGUCUCGUCUCCAGAGAGAAGAACGAGAGGAACUAUCACGUGUUUUACUACCUGUUGUUGGGCGCUUCCCAGGAGGAAAGGAAAGAAUUCAAGUUGUUGCCACCUGAAGACUACUUCUACCUCAAGCAGCAAAACUUUAAGAUUGAAGAUGAGGAGGACCUCCAUCAUGACUUUGAAAGGCUGCAGCAAGCCAUGGAGAUGGUUGGCUUCCUUCAAGCUACCAAGAAGCAGAUUUUUUCUGUGCUUUCGGCCAUCUUGUAUCUUGGCAACGUGACCUACCAGAGGAAGUCGACAGGCCGAGACGAGGGCUUGGAGGUGGGGCCGCCAGAGGUCUUGGCCACUCUCUCUGACCUGCUGAAGGUCAAAGAGGAGCUGCUGGUUGAAGCUUUGACGAAGAGGAAAACAGUAACAGUCAAUGACAAGCUGAUCCUCCCCUACAGCCACUCGGAGGCAAUUACGGCCAGAGAUUCGAUGGCCAAAUCUCUAUACAGCGCCUUAUUUGACUGGAUUGUCCUACGCAUUAAUCAUGCAUUGCUUAACAAGAGAGACAUGGAGGAAUCUGUCCCACGCUUGUCAAUUGGUGUCCUGGAUAUAUUUGGCUUUGAGGACUUUGAGACCAACAGCUUUGAACAGUUUUGCAUCAACUAUGCAAAUGAGCAGCUGCAGUAUUAUUUCAAUAAUCAUAUAUUCAAUCUGGAGCAAGAGGAGUACCAAGCAGAGGGAAUCACUUGGCAUAACAUUGACUACAUAGACAAUGUGGGUUGUAUCCAUCUUACCAGCAAGAAGCCCACUGGCCUGCUUUACCUGCUGGAUGAGGAGAGCAACUUCCCCCAUGCCACAGAUGAGACACUAUUAGCCAAAUUCAAGCAGCAGCAUCAGGGGAAUAAAUACUUUUUGUCCACACCAGUCAUGGAGCCUGCUUUCGUCAUUCAGCACUUUGCUGGGAAAGUCAAGUAUCAAAUCAAGGAUUUCCGUGAGAAAAACACAGAUCAUAUGCGCCCGGAUAUCGUGGCGUUAUUGCGGAGCAGCGACCGAGCUUUCGUGCGUCAGCUCAUCGGCAUGGACCCUGUGGCCAUGUUUCGAUGGGGUAUCUUACGCGCCACCAUCAGAGGCAUGGCUGCCUUCAAUGAGGCCGGUCGCUCAUGGGCCGCCAAAACUGCAGGUGUUGUACGUCCAACCUCCAGAACUCCUUUGGGAGAGAUUCGGCGUUCCAAUGCUCCAAUCGAGCGAAUGUACAAAAGAGCAUCUAUGCUCGAUUUCUACUUUGAUCACUCAGAGGAGCGCCCUCUAGAGGCCUUUGAAGACAUCUUUGCUAGCUAUGAGAAUAAAAAAGACAUGCAUGCGCAGAUCAUCAGCUCCAUUAAGAACUUGCAGCUGGAUGGUGAGGACCCUCGCAAGCUGCUGCAGUCCUGGGGUCGUCUCCGCUUCCCUCGACAUGUCCUCCAGAAAAGCAAGGGAAUUAAACAGAAACAGAUCAUCCCUAAGAAUCUCUUGGAUUCUCGGUCCCUGAAGUUCAUUGUAAGCCUAACCCUACACGACCGCACCACCAAGUCGCUUCUCCAUCUGCACAAAAAGAAGAAACCCCCCAGCAUUAGUGCUCAGUUCCAGACAUCUCUGACCAAACUCUUGGAAACUCUGAACAGAGCAGAGCCUUUCUUUAUCCGCUGUAUCCGCUCCAAUGCUGAGAAGAAGGAGAUGUAUCUAGAUGAAACCUUGGUGCUCCAGCAGCUUCGCUACACUGGAAUGCUGGAAACCGUUCGAAUCAGGAGGUCUGGCUAUGGCGCAAAAUACACAUUCCAGGAAUUCUUAGAGCAAUUCAGAGUUUUGCUGCCAAAGGACUCCACAGCUUGUAAGGAGGACAUUUCUGCUUUGCUAGACAAGAAGAUGGGCUUGGAUCCCACCACAUACCAAAUAGGCAAAACAAAGGUUUUUUUGAAAGAACUGGAGCGACAGCAGCUGCAGGACACGCUGCACAAGGAUGUAAUGCGCAAGAUCAUCUUCUUGCAGCGCUGGUUCAAAGUUCGCCUGCAGAGGAAGGAGUUUCUAGACAUGAGACUGUCAGCUGUCGUGAUCCAGCGUUCAUGGCGCAGGUACUGCAAAGAGGAACAAUGGAGGCGGGCUGCCACUCUAAUCCAGGCUGUCUGGAGAGGCCACCGACAAAGAUCAGCAUAUCAACGCCAAAGACAAGGCGCCACCAAGAUACAAGCCCUUGUCAGAGGGCACUCGGCACGACGGAGAUGCCACUCCAUGCGUGAGGACCGACGCAGAAAGGAGGAGGAAAUGAAGAAGGCAGAAGAGGAAAGGAGGCGCCGGGAGGAAGAGGAGGAAAGGAGACAACGGGAAGAAGAGGAAAUGAGGUUAAGAAUGGCAGUGGAGGAGGAAAAAAGAAAGGCUCAAGAGGAGGAAAUGAGGAGGAGAGAAGAGGAGGAGGCAUCCAGGAAAGCGCUUGAAGCUAAGGCUGCCUUGGAAGCAAAGGAGGUGAAACAAAGAGCAAAAGAGCCUCAAACACGAGAGGAUCCAGAUAUAGAACUGGUCACAGAGGAGAUGCUGGAUGACAGCCUACUGGACCAGGAGCCACAGGCGAGAGGAGAGGAUGAUGGAGAGGUUCCAUCAAGCUUCCAUACACAGGAAGAAUGGGGUAAGGAUGAAGAUGAGGAGGAGGAUGAGUGGCUACCCCAAGCAGAAAAAAGAGAUUGUGAUCACCUACCUCUGCGGUCUGGUUUGGAGACCAACGGUACUUUGGCUGAGGCUGGUCCUCAGUCCGAUGAAAAGCAGGAGGAUACACAACAUGGUUUGUCUUCUUUUGGGGUCUCCUCCAAUCUUCCUCCAACCACUUCUUCUGGUUUGGAACAGACUUCCAGCACUACCUCUACUACUUCCCAUUCUCAACAUAAACUAGUCCGUCCUGUUGCCAAGACCCACGUAUCUAAAAGUCAGGAGAAGAGAGAGCAGAGGAGACGCAGGGGGUUGGAGCACAACCAGAGAGAGACUUUACGAGCUGCCUCAACAUCCACCUCCUCCUCAGCGACCAGUGCGGAACAAACAUCCCCUCCAAAGAGCAAAACGUCCGAUGUGUCAAAGCAAAGAGAAGGGACUGACAGCAAAGAGCUUGAUCAGUAUACAUUUGUGGCCUGGAAGAUGAAGGAAGAAAAAGGAGGGAAGAAGGAUACCAAAAUAUCUUCUCAAUCUGGUGCUGUUCGGCCAACUACGUUAUCACUCCAUCCCGCCGAAUCCACACAUGAGAAAACCAUGGCGGAUGGUGGUGCUUUGAGCCUGAAGCACAUCCAUGGACCAGUCAAAGAGAAGUCGGAGAAGUGGAAGACGAGCGAUGGAGAACACUCUCCUCCACAAUAUAACAUAAGUCAAACGGCCUCCUCCUCAAUUGACAGUUUGUCUUCAUGUUCUGAGGCCCCUGGUGCUCUUUUAACCAGAGAGAUGAUUUUGUCUCCAGAGAGCUUGAAAGGAAGUUCCACCAGGAGGAAAAACCAGGAGGACUCAACCCUCUCCACCCCAUCCACGCCAGACAGGCCGGGAGGUUUCUUCAGCAAGAUCUUGAAAAAGCGACCACACAAGGAGCCUCACACUCCCGACAAUGGAGACUUGACACUUGCACAGGUUCUCAAUGAAAAGCCAACAGGAGGGGAAGCAUCUGGAUACCCACUGAGACAUUCAUCCCAGUUCCAAGGAGAGCGUGCCAAUAAAAGUUUGGGCCGUAACCCCACUAUAAAGAUUAGCCGUGCCACGCGCGUCUCUGAGCAGUGGAAUGCUUCACUGGAUCGGGAGAUCACCAAUGCCAAUGAGCUGCGACACCUUGAUGAGUUUCUGGGAAACCAGGUCAAUGAUUUCCGAUCCAGGGGGAAAUCAUUGUCAGCCACUGAGGCCAUCUUUGUUACGGCUACCAUGCAGUUCAGAGAGACGAUUAAAGCCAUGUAUUCUCUCCCUAAACCAACAAUUGGCUACAAAGGUCUGAUGACAGGCUACCAGAACAAAGUGAUCCAUCUUGCCGGUGACAAGCAAAAAGGAGAAGUCCAGCUUGUGGUCAACCUGUUUCAGUCGGUGCUAGAUGGCUUCAUUAGAGGCGAGAUGAAGAAAGAGGAAGCCGAGCCUGCCAAGCCUGCUAAAGCUCGGAAGAAGCGCCGGAAAAAAGACAAAAGUAUGGAGAGCCCGCUGGAUCACGUGUUCGUCAACUAUCAGGUCAACAUUAUGCAGUCAUGUGACCAGUGCACUUCUUACAUAUGGGGGAUGGAGAAAGCCUACAUGUGUAGCUAUUGUAAGAUGGUGUGCCACAAAAAGUGCCUGUGUAAAAUAGUCACGGAUUGCUCCACUUUCUGUGCCAAAAAGAGUGACGAGGAGUCUGGUGGUCAGCACUUUGGUGUGCGCGUGGGUCACCUUGUGAGUGAUAAGAACCCAGUUCCCAUGGUCCUGGAGAUGAUGCUUGAGCAUGUGGAGAUGCAGGGACUCUAUACUGAGGGCAUUUACCGCAAGUCUGGCUCAGCCAACCGCAUGAAAGAACUGCACCAGCGACUGGAGACCGAUCCCCACCUUGUGUGCCUUGAAGACUACCCCAUCCACACAGUUACAGGCCUGGUGAAACAGUGGCUGAGAGAGCUGCCAGAUCCACUGAUGACCUUCACACAUUAUAAUGAGUUCCUGCAUGCAGUAGAGCUGCCAGAUAAGCAGGAGCAGCUCUAUGCCAUCUACAAAGUGCUGGAAGAACUUCCAAUGGCAAACUUCAACACACUGGAGAGGCUUGUCUUCCACCUUGUCAGAGUGUGUAAAGAGGAGACUCACAACCGCAUGUCUCCAAACUCUUUGGCUAUUGUCUUUGCACCGUGCAUCCUGCGCUGCCCAGAUGGCGCUGACCCACUUCUUAGCAUGAAAGAUGUUGCCAAGACCACCACGUGUGUGGAGAUGUUGAUCAGUGAGCAGAUCAGACGCUACAAUGAAAAGAUGGAGGAGAUCGAGCAGCUGGAGUAUGCAGAGGCUCUGGCGGUCAACCAGCUCAAACUCAAGAGAAAAAACACGCACUGCUGGCAUUUACCGCUCAGGUUCUCACCUCCUUAUAAAGGAGUGGUGGUGCAUGAAAGAGUCAGUUCAGACCUGAAAGCUGUCCCUGAGAAUGAGCCUCUAGACUCGGACUCUGAGGCUGAGAAGAACUUGGUGGAACGUAUCAAGUCCAUUAAACAGGAGAAAGAGGAUCUGGCCUGCCGGUUACCAGAGAUGGAGCAGCCUGGGUCAGACCAGGAAAACUUGGAUUCCGAAGCCUCACUGAGCUCUGAAAGUCUCUUAGACGAGCAGCAGCGUUCUUCCACCCCCUACGUGGAACCCGAUGUAGGAGUUGUCCCUCACCAGAGGAGAUGUAGGCCAAUGCACCCAGUCAAGCCAUACCAAUUGCCGCAGAAACCGUCACUCCCUGGUGGACGUGUGUGUCUUCGAGAACUCACCCCUCCUGGCUUUUCCUCCUCCGUGUCCAGCUCUUCCUCUUCACUGUCCGAACCACUCAACGCUACCUGCAGGCGUCAGCUGCAACGGCGCAACCCUGUCAUCCCGGACACGGUUAAACUGCCUCCGGGUGUCCUCCCCCAGCCCGCAAGCUCGGGUCCAAGACGGGCUUCCUGCCCGCAUGAAAAGCGUCCUUUUUACUUCCUGGUGAGGAGAAGGGAGCAACCGGGCCGCCGUAAAGACAGCACCCAGUCCUUCUACAUCGACAGGCCCGAAUGUGACCUGUUAACCCAUUUCUCCUCCUGCCCACCUUCCACUUCCUCCUCCUCCUCGUCCAUCUCCAUGGCUGCACAGUGUCCCCCACACCAGUGCAACGAGAUGCCAGCCUUGGAGGACCAUAGACGCUCUUCUGACCCAGACAUACUUUACAUGGACAAUGAUGUCUGACCAGGAUGAAGAACUUGGUUGAUUUGGGAGUUAAUGGCCUUUACAAUCUGUGGAGGCGAAUUGACAGGAAAUAUAACUGGACAUGUUGCCAUGCACCUUUUUGUUACAUUUUUUUCAAUAAUGUAAUUAUUGUUUGGUCAGGGCUGAGUUUGCGUCGCUUCCCGAAUGGUGGACCAGCAAAUGCCCCCCCCCCCAAUCAUUUGUGCUAAUUUAAGCUCCCUGUUGCACUUUGUCAUUUCUUUGUUUUCCGAAUGAAAAAGUGAGGCCAACAUGCUCACUGAAAUAUACUAGAUUGUGCCUUAAUGAUAAAACAUUUCUGUUUUUAUUGAUUUGUAAAUGCAGGGGUGGGGAACCUGUGUCCCACAAGAGUAUUUGAGAAUAUGCAAUUCUAAAAACAUGAUGAAAAGGCAGAACACAUUUACCCAACAAAUCAUAAGAUUGAGUUUUUUUGCCAUCCUCGCAUCAUAUUUCUUUCUUUAAAAUUCUGCAUAUCCCACUUAAAAAUCUAAACGUAAAGGCCCCAACAGGAGUCACUGAUGAAUGCUUUUUGCCUCAAGUCGGUUGGAUGGAUGGCCCCCAAAGGGAUAGAGGUUCCCCACGUGUUAGCUCAUCUGUUUUGUUUUGUUUUUUGGGGGGGGAGGGAGAUGUCUCAUUCUUCUUGAUUUGUACGAAACCUGUUCAUGUUGUGACCAGUUGUACAGGUGUCUUGUCACAUCGUCUACUCGACCUGCUGGACAACAAACAUCAGCUAGAAAGUUGUUGCCCUCAUGUAGCAACAGGAGACGCAAGCAGCACAUGCCACUUUUUCCUUUAAAAAAGAAAAAGAAAAAGCACAAACAACACCAAGAGGAAAGAACCACACCAUGAUGUUGAUGACUUCUCUUUCCUACAAUGAAUGUUGCUUUACUUCAGAAUAAGAAAUGUUCUGCCGCAGCGUCCCAUUGGCCAACUUCGAUUUAAUACUAAUGCUCUUCCCUGACUGCUGUUGAAUGAUGUAUUCUUUGAACUUGACAGAGAAGUCAUGUAUUAAGAGAGUGUAAGUUUGGGACUGAAUGGCAUCAAAUGUAAUGGCUAUUAGUAUUAACAUGACAAUACAGAACAUGAUGUGUGUAACAUC